CAUGACCAGAACUGGAAGAAGUCUGAGAAUUGGCAGAAGUCAAAAAGGUAAAAAGCGCCACAAGCGCCACCACCACGUUCAGGGCCGCCUUGAGCAUCGUUGCAAAUCCUUCUGAUUCAGCGGGCUUUACAGGUUUUGCUGACGCCCCAACUCCCCCCCCUCCCCCCAGUGGGCGCCCAUCUGUGGAGCUGCCAAGAUGGUGCAGUACAACUUCAAAAAGAUUACGGUGGUCCCGACGAGCAAGGACUUUGUCGACAUCGUCCUCUCCCGCACGCAGCGUCAGACUCCCACCGUUGUUCACAAGCACUAUGCGAUAUCGCGUAUCCGCCAGUUCUAUAUGCGCAAGGUCAAGUUCACGCAGCAGACCUAUCACGAGAAGCUGACGCAGAUCAUCGAGGAUUUUCCUCGUCUAGACGACAUCCAUCCUUUCUAUGGGGACCUGCUGAACGUGCUGUAUGAUAAGGACCAUUAUAAGCUGGCGCUGGGGCAGAUCAACACGGCCCGCAACCUGAUUGAUAGAAUUGCAAAGGACUAUGUCCGGCUGCUCAAGUUCGGCGACACCUUAUACAGAUGCAAGCAGCUGAAGCGGGCGGCCAUGGGCCGGAUGUGCACGCUUAUGAAGAAGCAGGGUCCGAGUCUGGCGUACUUAGAACAGGUCCGCCAGCAUAUGUCGAGGCUGCCAUCGAUAGACCCCCAGACAAGGACAAUUCUAGUGUGCGGGUACCCGAAUGUGGGCAAGAGCAGCUUCGUGAACAAGAUCACGCGGGCGGACGUCGACGUGCAGCCGUACGCGUUCACGACGAAGAGCCUCUUCGUGGGGCACACCGACUACAAAUACCUUCGGUGGCAGGUCAUCGACACGCCCGGAAUCCUCGAUCACCCCCUCGAGGACCGUAACACGAUUGAAAUGCUGGCCAUCACUGCGCUCGCACAUCUGCGCGCCGCCGUUCUCUUCGUGGUCGAUCUCUCCGGGAGCUGUGGGUACUCGAUCGCGCAGCAGGCGGCGCUCUUCCACAGCAUCAAGCCCCUCUUUGCGAACAAGCCCCUCAUGAUCGCGUGCAACAAGACGGACCUGCAGCCCCUCGAGACGCUUCCCGAAGAAGAGAAGGCCCUGAUUGAGGAGAUGCGAAGGGAGGCGGCGGGGCGAGACAUGGGGGAGGGUGCUGGAGACGAGGGGGCGCUUAUGGUGAUGAGCACGAUGAAUGAUGAAGGGGUGGUGGACGUGAAGAAUACGGCGUGCGAGCGACUGCUGCAGCAACGGGUGGAGGUGAAGAUGAAGGGCAAGAAGAUGAACGACGUCGUGAACCGGAUAUACGUGGCGGAGCCAAGGGCACGGGAUCACAAGGAGCGGCCGCCGGUUAUUCCACAGGCGGUUCUGGAGGCCCGCGCAAACGAGCCCGCAAAACCGGCGCGCAAGCUGGAGCGCGAGCUGCAAGAAGAGCAGGGCGGCGCGGGCGUGUACAGCGCGAAGCUGCAGAAGCACUACAUGCUCGCGGACGAGGCCUGGAAGGAUGACGUCAUGCCGGAGAUCAUGGACGGGAAGAACAUCGCGGACUUCAUCGACCCUGACAUCAUGGCGCGCCUGGAGGAACUAGAGCGGCUAGAAGAAGGGGAGGACGACGGGGGCGAGGAGGAGAUGGAGGAGGAGGAUCUUACGGCGGAGGAGAAGGAGGCGCUGCAGGCAAUCCGGCGACGGAAACGGCAACUGCUGGACCGGCACAGGGCGCGGAAAACGACGGCAGACAACCGGUCGAUGGUCCCGCGCAAGUUCGACCAAAACAGGGAGCUCACGACGGGCAGGAUGGAGGAGCACCUGUCCCACAUGGGCAUCGACCCGUCGGCCGCCGUGGCGCGCGUGCGCGAGCGCUCCGUCUCGCGGCAAGGCCGCAAGCGUGGGCGCUCCGAGGGACCGUCGAUGGACGAGGACGGCAUGCAGAUCGACGGCUCCCAAGGGCCCGCGCACAAGAAGAUGCGCGACCGCUCGCGGAGUCGGUCGGCGGUCAUUGCGGUUCCGGGUGACGGGUUCAAGGAUUCCGCGCAGAAGAUCAAGAUCCAGAAGAUCAAGCGGAAGGGCGAGAUGGCGCGGAACAGGAUGGCGAAGCAGGGUGAGGCGGACAGAGUGAUUCCCAACAAGAUGCCGAAGCACUUGUUCUCUGGGAAGAGAGGCAUAGGCAAGACGGACCGGCGGUAGGGCAGUGAGAUCAGGGUCUAGUAGGGGAGGGGGGGGAGGAUUUGUAGCUUGGGUUUCUAGGAAAUGAAGAAAAGUGAAGUUAGGACCAUGUUUUAGCGGUGAGUCCCGAGCAGGUAUGGCCAAAGACCGAAGGCGCAGCAUGAAAUGGUCCUGUGAAACUUCGAGGGCCGAGCGGGCGGGGCGAAGGCUUUGCACGUGGUCGCACUGCAUAUUGCUGAUGUGAUGAUUCAGACUGCGGCCA